CAAUAUUGAAAUCAUGCGUUGGACGUUCAAAUUGGUGAAAACGUGGAAACUGAGUUCUCAAUACAACAAUACACCAACCAACCCGUUUAUAAUUCUAAAUGGACCGACCGACCAACCCAUUUAUUUAUUUCUCUCCAAUUGACUAUAGCUUGAUCACUUAGUUCAUGUCCGAGUCAAAGAACCCUGCAGACUCGCCCGAGUCAGCUACCCAAACCCAACCCUCAAACUCAUGGCCCUCAGCCACAACUUCUCUGUUUCUAAUCCUAAUACUUCCCAUCAUCACCGCGACGCUCAUCUACCAACUCGACUCGUUCGACCCAGCCCCUCUGCCUUAUCACGAGUUGACUCGUCGCUUAACCAGGAGGGCUCCUGCUCACAAUCCUCGCAUGCUUCGAGGGUCAGAGCGUGUGGGCUUUGGGCUCUUGCGGGCCCCCGAAGACGUGGCUUAUCAUUCCGGGUCGGGGCUCAUUUACACGGGUUGUGAAGACGGGUGGCUCAAGCGAGUUAAACUCAACGACUCGGAAAAUCCCGAGUUUGUGGUGGAGAGCUGGGUCAACACGGGCGGCAGACCUCUCGGGCUCGCUUUCGGACUUCACAAUGAAGUUGUCGUCGCUGAUGCCGAUGAGGGCCUGCUGAAUGUAACGAGUGAGGGUGAGGUAAAGCUGCUGACAGACGAGGCUGAGGGUGUAAAAUUUGGAAUUACAGACGGUGUAGAUGUAGCCGUGGAUGGUACGAUUUAUUUCACAGAUGCUUCAUACAAGUACAAUUUAAAACACUUUGUUUGGGACUUUUUGGAGGGUCGGCCUUAUGGUAGAUUCAUGAGCUAUGACUCAGCAACCAAACAGACCACAGUGCUGGUUCGCGAUCUCUACUUUGCUAAUGGAGUGGUGGUUUCGCCGGAUCAAAGCCACGUAAUCUUCUGUGAACCCCCAUGUACGAUGAGGCGAUGUAGAAAGUAUUACGUACAAGGGGAGAAAAAGGGAAGUGUGGAGGCUUUUAUCGAUCAGCUGCCAGGCUUGCCAGAUAACAUCAGAUAUGAUGGAGAGGGCCAUUACUGGAUUGCAUUGUCAAUGGCACCUACAUUGGCUUGGGAUUUAGCUGUUAGAUAUCCUUUCAUCAGAAAAGUUAUGGGAAUUAUGGAGAAGUACACAGGGAGACCCAAUGUAGAGAAGAACGGUGGCGUUUUGGCCGUUGAUUUAGAUGGAAAUUUGAUUUCACAUUAUUAUGAUCCAGGAUUGUCACUAGUUUCAAGUGUGAUCAAGAUCGGAAAUCAGAUUUUCUGCGGCUCGAUAUUCCAUCCUUACAUGCUUCGCCUCAACAUUCAACAAUACCCAACAAUGGCUGUUGCUUGAGGAACAAGCAGCUAUUGUAUAUAAUGUGGUACGAAACACAUUUUCUAUGUUAUAUAUAUAUAUAUCCCUGAAUAUGAAUGGGUUGGGCUAAAUUUAUCUUACAUAAAGGGAUUACGUAUGAAUGGGUAUUAUAUGAACAA